UAUUAAGCUGAAGACUCGUUUCAAGCCAGUUUAUUGUUUCGAUAAACGUCGAACGGUGUGCACGUACUAUACACAGCAGAACCAACAGAUUAUCAAAAAAAUUUAUUCAAAAAGUCGACGUUCAACAUAUUCUUUUUUCGCUUUGUCUCGUUACUUUUGUGUGUGGAAAAAAAAAAUUGGAAGAAGACUGCGUUCGCAUUUUUUUUUAAAUAUUCAAAUCUGAUUAACUGAAAAUAAAUAUUCCGAAGAGAAAGUGGUGACAAAAGCCAAGUUUUCAUUAUGGAUGCUCAGGAAUUUCGCAAGUUUGGACAUGCUGCCGUUGAUUUUGUGGCCGAAUAUUUGGAGAACAUUCGUGACAGACCAGUUUUGCCAUCAGUAGAACCGGGAUACUUGCAUAAAUUACUACCAUCCGAGGCGCCUGAGUUGCCUGAGUCGUGGCAAGAUGUGAUGAAAGAUAUUGGUGAUAAAAUUAUGCCUGGUAUGACACAUUGGCAAUCACCUAACUUUCACGCCUACUAUCCAACGGCAACCUCAUAUCCGAGCAUUGUUGGCGAAAUCAUUGCCGGAGGAUUUGGAGUUGUUGGUUUCAGUUGGAUUUGCAGUCCGGCAUGUACCGAGCUUGAGGUGAUCGUUAUGGAUUGGUUGGGAAAAUUUUUUGCUUUACCUGAAGCAUUUCUCAAUUGCUCAGAAGGACCAGGAGGUGGUGUAAUUCAAGGUUCAGCAAGUGAAGCAGUCUUAGUUGCUGUGUUGACGGCCCGGGAGCAAGCUGUGCGGCGUGUGAAAGCUGAGCAUCCCGAAAUGAGCGAAAGUGAUAUUCGCGGUAAAUUGAUAAUGUACAGUAGUGAUCAAAGCAACAGUGCCAUUGAAAAAUCGGCUCUACUAUCUGCCGUACCGAUUCGCUUACUGCCGGCCGAUAAAAAUAUGGAAUUGCGUGGUGAUACAUUCCGUGCGGCUGUUGAAGAGGAUAUACGAAAUGGCAAGAUUCCGAUUUGUUGUAUCGCCACUCAUGGUACGACCGGCACUUGUGCCUUUGAUAAUAUGCAUGAAUUGGGACCGAUUUGUCACGAGUACAAUAUUUGGCUGCACAUUGAUGCGGCUUAUGCGGGAGCUGCAUUGUGUUGCCCGGAAUUCCGUUCAAUGAUGAGUGGAAUCGAAUUCGCCGACUCAUUCAAUGUCAAUUUACACAAGUGGAUGUUGGUCAAUUUCGAUUGUUGCGCGAUGUGGUUCAAGAAUGCCGAUCAAGUGGUCGACUCGUUCACCGUUGAUCGAAUCUAUUUGAAGCAUCAAUUUCAAGGGGAGAGCAAAGCACCGGAUUACCGUCACUGGCAAAUUCCAUUAGGUCGCCGUUUCCGUGCACUUAAAGUAUGGAUCUUGCUUCGAACACUAGGCGCCGAACAUAUUCGUGAGAGAAUCCGUAAACACACGCAACUCGCCAACAUGUUCCAGAAUCAUGUUAUAAAUGAUUCACGCUUUGAAAUCGUUGCGAAACCCGUAUUAGGUUUGGUGUGCUUCAGACUGAAGGGAGAUUGUGACAAGACACAAGAAUUGCUCGAUCGAAUCACUGACGGAAAGAAAAUUUACAUGAUUCCAGCGAAAUAUCACGGCAAGCUCAUGAUUCGCUUCGUCGUAUGUGGCCUGGAACCCGAAGAGCGCGAUAUCGAUUAUGCGUGGAACGAAAUCACAUCACAAGCCGACCUCGUUUUGGACACCAGCCGCAACACCAAAACCGAUCCAACCACAAACUUUGCCAGCAACGUUCAAAUAUGCAACAGCCCGCCCGAUAAAACACAAAUUAUUUAAUCGAAAAUAUAGAACGCGGCACGAUUCUUGCCAAUAUUCUAAUUUUAAUUUUUAUUCGUUGUUGGAAUUACGACAAAAUAAAUUAUUUAUCAUGAAGUAA